AAAGUGACAGAGGCCGAAGAUGACAGUGACAGUGAUAGUGAUGAUGAUGAAGAUGAUGUUCAGGUCACUAUUGGUGAUAUUAAAACAGGAGCACCGCAGUACGGGUACGGAGCAGCACCAGUGAAUCUCAAUAUUAAAACAGGAGGGAGAAGUUAUGGAUCCUCUGGCACCAAAGUGAAAGGAGUUGAUCUUGAUGCACCAGGAAGCAUUAAUGGUGUUCCGCUAUUAGAAGUUGAUUUGGAUUCUUUUGAAGAUAAACCUUGGAGAAAACCAGGCGCUGAUCUCUCAGAUUAUUUCAAUUAUGGGUUUAAUGAAGACACUUGGAAAGCCUACUGUGAAAAACAAAAGAGGAUACGAAUGGGGCUCGAAAUUUUACCCGUUACCACAGCUACCAAUAAAAUUACGGCCGAAGACAUUGCUAUGGAAGUAACGCCAGGGACAGAGAUUCCAGAUGGCACAUACAGUCUUUUUAAGGUGAAUGUUGGUAAACUUUCCUUAGUCACUCUUAAUUACUGUUUGCCAUACCACUUCCAAGUUUUGAGUCUAAGCACAAAAGUGGACAUAGCUGUUUGUUUUUUCCCCUAGCUUUUAAAAAAAUAUGUUCUCCAGAUGUGCUGCAUGUAGACCCACUUAUUUUUAUCUUACUUGCUGCAACUCUUAUGACUUGAUGGCAUAAUGUACUAAUGAUUGCUGUGACAGUUACGUAUUGUAUAUGCUGCAUUCUUUUAGUGAGAUACGUUGCUCCGUUAAACAGAUUUCAUGUAUCGUUUUCGGUCUAGUAUUUGAUCCUUGCUUUCUCUCUCUUGGUGGUCCAACUUCAAAAAUGAAGUUCAGGCAGAAUUUUGCUGACCGAAGAAAUUAUCCUCCAUGUAAGAAAUGUGCACGAAAGAGAAAAUGUGUCUAGUUUUGAAUCUGAAACGAAACAAAGGCUGCUGCUAUAACUUUCUGAAAGUUUUGACCUUAUAUUGAGGGGAGGGCAUAGUUUGAUAGAAAUGAAACCUGGAAUGUUUUUACUUUUUUUUUUUUUAUUUCUGCUGAAGCAAAAUGCACAGGAUACAGGAGUGAGUAUAGAGAGCGAGUAGGAGAAGGCUGAUGUGUGUGACACUUACUCUCUCUUGCCUUUAUGUAGCUAGCAUUGCUGCAUAUCCCCUUGUGCGCCUCCUCCUUUUGCAGUGUCGGCUUUUUCCCCUUUUCUUGGUUGCCCUGGACUGUUGCUCAGUCUUACCCUCCUUGCCUGAAAUAACUACUUUCAGUAACAACCAUUUCAGCCCAUAUUGAAACAAAACUGCUCUGUAGCUGAAUCAGCCACCCGUUUUGUUUUAGACCCAAGCCACCUGAAAACUGCAGUUACGUGAACAGUUCACGUACAAAUACUUUCGCACAUCCCUACCUUCGUAUAUAAGACAUCGUUAGAUUGUCAUAAAUCAGGAUCACAAACUUGAUUAAUAGCCAUAUGUUGUAAUCACCAAUCUCUCAUAUGCCUAGAGGACUUUUGGAAACCACAUUGUUAGGCUCAGUGGCAUCGUGAAGCGGCAAAUUCUAGCUUUCCCCUGAGUGCUUCUAAGGCUGAAGACAAUUCUAGACCAGACCUUGUUGUGGUAGGACUUGAACUCCCUGCUGGAUUGAGAACUGCUUCAUGCCAGUGUAAGAAGUUAUCAACUAGUUACAAUUGACUAGACAUUUGAGAAUGCCUGAGGAAAAAAAAUGCACAAGUUAAUAUAUGCCACUUACAUGAUGUGAAGAAA